AUGCAGCAGACAGGACUCACCCUCAUGACCUUGGCUGUCUGUGUCGCUCUUAGAAACUCUGAAGCCAUACUUCCCAUUGCUUCCAGCUGUUGCACUGAGGUUUCACAUCACAUUUCCAGAAGACUUCUAGAAAGGGUGAAUUCAUGUCGCAUCCAGAGAGCUGAUGGGGACUGUGACUUGGCAGCUGUCAUCCUUCACAUCAAACGCAGGAGAAUCUGCGUCAGCCCACACAAUCACACCAUUAAGCAGUGGAUGAGAGCACAAGCAGCCAAGAAAAAUGGCAAAGGCAAAGUCUGCCAGAAGAAACACCACCAGAGGAACAGCAAAGUGGUGCAUGGGGGUAAACAGGAAGCACGUGGCCUCUGA